AUGCUUAAAUGUCCAUUUUUUCAGGUACCUGCACAAUUAACAAGUUAUAUGAAAUCAAAAGGAAUAUUCCCGAAACAGAUUUGUCCCAUUUCAUGUGAUGAUGAUCGAAAAUUGUCUGUAGUAGAACGAGGAUAUCCAAAUAUUCAAACAACAUCACGAACAAGAAGGCGUAUGUUACCUGCAGUGCCAUGUGAGGAAGUACAAAAUAUGCAUAUUAAUCCAACUAGGAUUAGAAUUCUAAUGAAAUCUCGCAAUUUUGAUCAGGAAAUUCAUAAUUGCACCAAUGACUGA